GCCGCUGCGGGGCGCUGCCCCCCGCCGCCCCGCGGCCCCAUCCGCCGUGAGAUGGCGGCGCAGUUCCGCAGCUACGUGUGGGACCCGGCGCUGAUCGUGGCGCAGAUGGUGCUGCUGCAGGCCGGCUACUACAGCUCGCUCGGCCUCUGGCUCGCCCUCCUCGGCGCCCUCGGCAGCACCCGGCCCUCCCUGCACCAAGUCUUCAGCGACGAGAUUUUAGGCUUCUCAACCCCACCUGGGAGGCUCUCCAUGAUGGCUUUCAUCCUCAAUGCACUCACCUGUGCUCUGGGGUUGCUGUACUUCAUCCGAAGAGGAAAGCAGUGCCUGGAUUUCACAGUCACAGUUCACUUCUUCCAUCUUCUGGGCUGCUGGAUUUAUAACUCGCACUUUCCCUCAACUCUGACAUGGUGGCUGGUGCACAUCGUCUGCACAGCGCUCAUGGCUUCCUUCCAGUCACAUUCAGCCCAGACAUAAAUAAACUGGUGCUUGGUCUUCCAGUAGGUGCCAGUAUCUCCUUCAGAAACGAGAUCCAUGUGAACGAUCACAGCACACAGCACAGAGCAUGCUCUGCCUCGGGGCUGCCGAACACUGGCUCGCUCUCAUCAGUUGUAUUUUAAGACUCUUUCAGGGUCAUUUUGUCCUCUCCUGCUUUUUGUUGUUAGUAUUGAGAAGGAACGUCCCAGCCCUGCGCAGGGAAGGUUUGCAGGUUUAAUUCAAGGCUGAAUACCACACCAAAUCCCAGUGUUCCUUAGGGAUGAUCUCCAGGCAACUGUGGAACAGAGGACUGGGUGAAUGAAUAUAAGUGAGCAUACAUAAAGGAGAGGAGAGAAGUCACAUUAGUCCCAUUUUUUAAAGGGGAACGGACAGCAGAUCCCAGGGUUGCUGUGAGACUGUGUUAAAGAGGUGCUAGCUUUGUUCCCCUGGAGGAACAGGGAUGAAGACUUUAGACCAAGGAACACACUUACCUCCUUACUUUCUGUAUGCAUAAGAUAUGCUUCGACUGCUUUUCAGAGACUUCCUUGCAGGGGGAUCCGAAGUUUCAGUGCAGCUUUGUAUCUGGGGACACUUGGGUAGAGCAAGGACACAAGACGACUUGCCAAACCUGGAUCCAACACCAAGGCUGUGGGACAUCCAGCACGCUGCACUAGCAUGAAGCAUGCUGUAGGAUUAGAGGUGCUUUCUUUAAGCAGGCUCCCUUUGAGGGAUCAAUCUGUACAGUGCUUUUUAUUUUAUAAAGGAAAUCUACCGUAGCUGUCCUAGUCAUAGGGGAAGUUCUGCAAAAAAUUAAAUACUAGUUGAGGAGAAAACCUCUGAAAUUCAUCACUCCCAUAUUGUGAAACCUAAUUAUCACUUGUGUGCAUUGUCAGGUCUCCGCAGCACCUUUGGCUUUAAAAAAUUCUGCUGCUCCAUACCUGAAUGGUGGCAGAUGGUCUUUGUUUCUUAAUGAAUUUUCUUUUUUGUGUGUGUGCAAUGGAGUUGGAUUUGCUUUCAGGGAAGAUUUUCCCCAACACCUGCUCUUCUUAGAGACAGUGAUAGUAUCAACUAGCUAUCUGCACCCAAGGUUUGCAAAAAGGUCUCUGGGUUCUUGGAGAUCUCUGCUGCAACUUCUACAUUUUUCCCCCCUCCAAAGCCAUUUAAAAGUACAAAAUUUUAAGAGAAGAUGCCAAAUUCAAAGAGAAGUUAAGGAAGGGUAAUUAUGAGGGGCUUAUUUGUUUCCCUAAAGAUGAAUCAGGUGCAGUUUCUGGAUUCAAAAGACUCCAGCCUUGGCUGCAUGCAAUACUCACCUCCUCAGCUUUCCCCUGCUGCAAACAACAGGCUGGAAGAAAGGUAAUGGGGGAAGGGGAGACUGGAUCAAGCAACAUACACUGCUGGAGCAGAAUAGAAAGGAAACCAAAACAGCCGAGUGGUUCAGUCCAGGCUCUGCAGUGCUCUGGUUUAGCCUUUCUCCCCCGCGUAUCGUCAGGCUUUGUGCCAGCAAUGCUCAGUACAUAAGUGGUGGCUGCAGAAAGCCUGUUUAACCUUGCACUGAAGUGCUGUCUGAACACCGGCUGCUCCUCACCAACUUACAACUUGGAAUGUGCCUCCAUCCAUUCCUUCCCUCCUGGAGCUGAAGGAUAGGUGAUAGAGCAGGUAAGAGAGCACAGGCGUGCCAGGAGAGGAAUGUGAGCUGUCAUUAAAGAGCCCUGAACCACUGUUCCCUUACUGAAAACACCACAAGUGCCUUGAUAAGUGGCCAGUCUGUGCAAACAGCCAAAGUGAUGUACUUAGGGAAGUCAGACUGAAAUACCCUGUUAGUUAAACAUGGACAAUUCAGAUCUGAUGAAAGACAGCUGGGUCCCGUAAUUAGAACAUGUAGUUCACAGCCACAUCCAGCUGUUGAGCCCUAAUUUAGGGCAUGAUGAAACCAGCUCUUUCCCCAUCCAGGAGCAGCAGCACCACAUGGGGAGCACACUGGAGCAGCAGGAAGACCCAGCAAGGCUCACGGUGCUCUUCUUAGCGAGGGGCUGGCCCCAGACCUUCACAGGAACAGGCCCAUGCUGUGUCUCCAGCUCCCGUGACCCUGUGCAGUAAGGCAGGGCACAGAGCUUCAUCAGCAUCCUUAAAGCACAGCUACCUCAUACUGCCCAGUAUCUGAGUUUUUAUAGCACACCCAGGAGUCACACGCAAGCACCCCUCUGUCGAAAAUACUUUUUAUGCUUGUACCAAAGCCGCAAAGGAAGCUAGAAGACACUGCUUUCAAACAAGAUGCAGGACAAAGAGCCUCAGCCUCUACAACAAAAUUUAAUUCUCUGGAAUUACACACAGUUACCCACAGAGCUGCUUACAGGUACCAUUGGGAAAAGCUGUAAAGCAAAAGAGUUGCCAUAAAUAAUUUUAUAUAUUUUUUUUUUUAAAAGGUAGCUUGGCAUCCCUUUUCCUCACAAGUAUUUUUUCCUUUCUGUUUCCUUAGAAAAGGGAUUUACACAUAACACAGGAGUUACUCAGGAGUCCAGAUGUGUGCUAGUGAAGAAGUCAUGCACCUGUGAUUGUUCUUCAGUGGGUUUUCAAAGUGUCCUCAAAGACAGAUGGCCAGUACCGCUAUGCUUUUGGCAGGACAUACACCAUCCCCAGCACCUCACAAAUACCAGUGUGAAAAUUCCCAUCUAAUUUUCAGUGCCUAAGUCAAAAAAAUCUGAGGAGUUGAUCUGGUGGAAACAGACAGCUACACUCACAGGUUUCCAUCCAUAGAAGAGUGCA